UAACGAGUUAUAUCCAUGGUAGGCCGACUGUGGUUUCGGAUAAGAAGAAGAAAGGUUCCGCUUUUGUGUGAGUGUGUAUUCUGUUUUUGCAGCACAGUUCAAGACGAUGGGUUUGCCAGAGUCCUUGUGACCUUCAGUGGUGUCUCUUUGGCCACCACCCAGCUGUUUAUCAACAUGCAAGGUUUCUACUCCAAGCUGGACUCUUCCCCACUGCUGGGGGGAGAGGGCGCCCCCGUACCCCUGAGCCUGGCUGUGGAGACGGAAAAAGCCCAGGCGCUUUUGCAGACAUUCAGCUCCGCCUCCCUGCUUGCCUCGGCGGGUUUGGGCGUCUUCUGCGUGGCGGCGGACCACGCCCUGCAGCUUCCGCUCAUCCAGCAUCACCUGUGGCUGCGCGCCGCCCUGGACAACGGGACCCAUGCUGUUGUGGGGUUGUGGUCCUGGGCUGUGGUCAUCGGGCUCAGGAAGAAAAGUGACUUCUAUGAGGUGCUGCUGGCGGGUCUCCUGGCGUCCAUCAUUGACUUGGACCACUUCUACAUGGCCGGCUCACUGUCACUCAAGGCCGCCGUCUCCCUGCCUCAGCGGCCUCCUCUCCACUGCUCGUCUCUCAUUCCCGUCCUCUGCCUGUCCCUCCGCUUACUCAUGUGGCUGGGACGCCUCAAAGACGCCUGGUGCUCGUUGCCGUGGAUGCUGUUCAUAUCCAUGGCGACGCAUCACGUGCGGGACGCUGUGCGCCGCGGCCUGUGGGUGUGUCCCUUGGGGAACACGGCGCCGCUCCCCUACUGGCUUUACGUCAGCACCACAGCGACGCUUCCUCACCUGUGCUCUGUGCUCAUGUACCUGACCGGAGCCAGAGACGUCAUCUCCACCAAACACGGAGUCGCCAUCGAUGUGUAGACUCCGUUAGGAGAUUGUGCGGUGCAACAAAAGGGAUGGCAAAUUAAUGGAAGGGAGAAACUAUGAGCCAAAUCCCAAACAAAUGAGUGCCAACUUUUACUUUCCUACCCUGUAGGUAGUUCUUGCUUAUUCACCUUUACGAUAUUUAUCCAGUGAUGACUAAUUGAUAUUAUCACAAGUACACUGUCUCUCACCAAUAUUUACUUUCACAAAAUGUCUGAAGUGUCGCCUUACUUCAGAAUGCUUCAAUUGCACUUGCUUUAUUAUAGUUAUAGUUGAAUGAUUAGUUUUUCACUGUCCACAUGCAAAUCCCCGUGUAUUUGAAUACCAAUUAACAUCAUAGUAUAAUUUAUAGAUUAUUUUAAUUUAAUGUUUAAUUUUUUUCAUUAGAAAUUUUAAACCAUAUUUAUUUGCUAUUUAUUGUUAUACUGCUGAGGAAAAUGUCGAUUAAAACACAGAUUUCCACUUGGUAUUGCGAUUUAACUAGAUAUAUUGAGCUUUGUGUAGAGACAGGGUUUGAAUACGGCUAGAUUUUGUCCUCAUUUUUAACCUGUAUAGAAAGUCGUCUGUUUUGUUUCAGUAUCAUGAAAACGCUGAUGUCAUCCUGUCUCCACUAGAGGGCGACAAAGGACCAAGGUGGAAUUGACGAUUAGUCCAUGCAAACGGUAUGUUUAUUUUCAUCGUGUGCUGCUGUAUUGUACAUUUUGGCAUCUUAUAGUUUAAUAAGACUUUGUUAUCACUUCUUCUCUUAUAAUAUAAAAAAUGUUUGGAAAUAUUUGUCACAAAUAGGAGUUUUACAAACUUGGUUACGAAGAGCAGUUUCUAAGGACACAUGCACUUAGAAUGUUUUUCCAGAAACUAACAGUUGUUAGCCAAACCUCUUAUCACUGCUUAAGUCCUCCACUUGAAGCCUCUUUUGCACAUAAGUUUGUUUCCAUUUCUUUGCACUGUUUAGUUGCUGUAAAAAAACAAACCAAUACACAUAAAAUAAAACAAUGCACUAUUAUUUUAAUCUCAAUAAACAACAUCUGGAAUAUGAGUUUGCUACAGGAAGCACAAUGCCACACAAGUUGCGGCUUUUUCCAUGAAGAAUUAAACAAAGCACCCGAAAGCUGCCGGUGUGAUAAAAUAGUAUUUAUUUUUUUACAGAAACAUACAAAGGUAGGGAGGGCACAAAUAACAGCUUAUGGUGAUAUCUGGCAAACAAAUGAAGCCACAAAAAAAAAAAAAAGACACUAUGUACAUCUGAGGAUGGAUGCC